UUGGUCUGCAAGCCCGAUUUAUUGUGGAGGAAAUAUAAGAACAAUAACAGCAAAUUAAUGAAUAUGAACAAAUUAAAAGUACGGAAUUUGUGUGUAAUACUCGCCUACAUACUUACUCAACUGAUCAUAAACAACAAAAUUCUGUUGGCGCACACUACCGAAAUGGAGUUAAUCAAAACUACUGUUGAACCGGUCUCCACUUGGGCCGCCGAUUGCUUUAAAGAUGAGAAGACUACUUGUGACUGCUAUGGUGAUGCCGAUUUUUCUUGUAAAAUUGCGGACGGACGCAAUUAUAUUUAUAUCAGUUUUAAUUCAAACUUACGGGAACUAUUUGUAUUGUGCUCCAUAAACACAGAAACUAAUAUCAAUUUUCUACUUCAGCACAAAUUUCAGUCAAUUUUACUAAAAACACGUUAUUUCAAAGUGACGAAUUGCAAGAGAUUUACAUACGAAAUCUAUAUGAAUGGCAAAGUGCGGAAAAUUCUAAUAAAAAUGUAUGAGCUUAAUAAAGUAACAAUAGUCCAUAACACUGACCUUGCUGCAGAACCAGUGGAAUAUAUGGCUGAACCCAUGAAAAUGGUUCACCUACAAUUGAUUAUUAAAUCAAAUCGUAAUGAAAUUCGAGAAGCAGAUAUUAUAAGCAUACGACAUGACAUAUUACUUUAUAAGCAGAAUCUACUGGAAACGUUUGCGCUUAGCGUACAAGGCCUAAGAAACCAGUACAUAUCGCUGCAAAACUUGUCGCAAACAUUCUUUAAAAAAUUCACUGCGCUCAGACAGCUUGACUUAGCAGGAAAUAAUAUGAAAAUGUUGGACGCCAACAUCUUUGCAGCGCAAACAAAAUUGAAUAGUCUGAAUUUGAGCCGUAAUGAAAUUCGUGAAUUGCCCGAAAGUCUGUUUGCAUAUCAGCCUCAACUUCUCAUACUGGAUCUGAGCCACAAUUUAUUGACAUAUUUAACACCACACAUUUUCGAUCACACUCCUCGGCUAUGGCAGUUGAUACUUGGAGGCAAUCAACUGCACGACACCACAAAUAUUAUGGAAAAUCUGAAACCGUUGCAUUAUCUACAUAGGCUAGACGUAAGUCAGAACCAACUGCAAACUAUUUGGAGCACCGAUACUUCCGUCAAUAGAACGCUAAGGCUACUGACAAAUUUUCUAUACAGCUAUAAGGGUAUGACUUUGGAUUUAGCUGACGGUCUUAAAUAUAUUACCAAGUUGCAACCAGAAAAUUACAAUGGUGGCAAGAUUAACUCAACAGUAAUCAAUUUUAGUGGCAAUCGUCUGCGCGAAUUCACUUUAGAUUGGCUUGUAGCAGCGAACAUUUCAUGCCCUUUUGAAAUAAACCUAGAGCACAAUCUGAUUGAAAACUUUUUUGCUUUACAAAAUUUCUUCAGUGCAACUGCCGAUUGUGCGCCCGAAAUCAAAAUGACUGGUAAUCCGAUCGUGUGCGAUUGUAAAUUGGCUUGGGUUUACAGUGAAAACUAUCGUUCGCUGUUCAAUGGUUUGCAGUGCAUUCAGACGUCAACCAAACUAGUAAAAGAUCUCGCGCAACUGGAACGUAAAGAACUGUGUGCUUGGGAACCAGUAAUGUGCCCCAGCGAAUGCAAUUGUUACACACAAUUUGAAUUCCUGCACAUCAAUUGCAACGGUGCGCAACAUAUCGAACAGCUCCCACGCCCCGAGCAAGUUGGGCUCAAGAGUUCGGUACUCGAUAUUAGCAAUAACAAUUUCAUUGCAUUGCCGCUAAAUACCACCUUCGGCUAUGGUAACGUUUCGCAACUCAACGCGUCGUACAAUAAAAUCACGAGCAUAAAUAUCAGUCAACUGCCAACCAAUUUGACGGUUUUGGAUUUACGAAAUAAUCGCUUAAUAUCUUUAAAUGAUGAAUUUUUACGUACAUACCUCAAUGAGAGCACAAAACUACAAUUUCUCUAUCUAAGUGAAAAUCCUUGGUUUUGCAACUGUUCCACACUGCAACUGCUGCACACCAUACGUACACAUCGGACACGCAUACCCGAUGCCGAACAGUUACUCUGUGUUAAUCAGCCGAACGAUACACUCCUAAUGGCAAAUGUGAGAGAAUUAUGUCCAACUCCUGUUGAUGCUAAAUAUUAUAAGGACUUGAUUACAACUUUGAUUAGUGUAGGGUUAACAAUUAUUAUUUCACUUUGCAUUAUCUCACUCUUCUACAAAUAUAAAUUAGAAGUGGAAGUCUGGUUGUAUAGCCACAACAUAUUGAGAUGUUGCAUUCGCGAAUGUGAGCUGGAUAAGCAUAAAACAUUCGAUGCGUUUAUUUCAUAUGCACACCAGGAUGCAGACUUUGUCAACCAUACAUUGCUGCCGCGACUCGAACAGUGCGAACCACCAUUUCGGAUAUGCACGCACGAACGCAAUUGGCUGGUUGGCGCUUAUAUACCUGAACAAAUCAUCGAAUCGGUGGAACAGUCGCGUCGGACGAUCAUUGUGCUCUCGCAGCACUUCAUCGAGUCGGAUUGGGCGCGCAUGGAGUUUCGCACAGCGCAUCAGUGCUCGUUGAACGAGGGUCGUGCGCGCAUAAUAAUGAUUAAAUUUGGAGAAAUCUCGAAAAGUGAGUUACUGGACAGAGAACUAAAGGCAUAUUUGGAUAUGAAUACAUAUCUGGAUUGGCAAGAUGUCAGAUUUUGGGACAAAUUACGCUACGCCAUGCCACAUAAGGUGGGUGUAGAGAGGAAUACCGAUAUGCUAAAAAUUAACGGUAGAAUGUAUGUUAUGGGACAAGUUGAGAUGAAUCGUUUGGCUGACGACAUUGUUUAAAUUUAUCACGGUUGGUUUGUGGUAAAGCAAUUGGUUGCAGAAUGUUACUUCAUCAAUAUUCAAAAUGUCGCUACUAAGAGAAAGAUGGAGAUAAUCUUGGACAACAUGCUUACCAGGCAGUGGUGAUCGCACAAACUCUUCAAUCCCAUUUUAUUAUAUCUCAAGUAACUAUUUAAUCAAUUUUCCUGUUGAAUACAUUAAAAAGCACACAAUGAUAUCUGUUUAUAUAAUUCUGUAAAAAUUAUUUACUUAAAUACUUAAUCAAACCGUCGCUGGGAAACUGCUGCAACAAGGCCAAGACUCUCUUUAGGGAGAAAGCUGAAGUCAGACCGCCGCUUGGCGGCCAAAAUUGUGGAACUCGGUUAAGCGGCAAAGGUCGGAUGAGGGAGAAAACUCCCUUGAUAAAAAUUGCAAAUAGGGGCUGCAACAACCUUUAGCUUGGACUUGGCGUGUUCGAUCGAAGAAGAAAGAGAGUAGCGGUGGCUGUCUCUUCAGUCUUUCUGAAGGUGGUCAACGGAAACUCUGGGCCUCCCCAAAAAGGGGGAGCUAGAUUUGAGAAGGUGCACAAAGUGUAUCUUCCACAGUUUGUGGCCCCUCACUAUCCACGCAAGACUGGAUGGUGAUAAAGCUGGAGAGAACCGAGGAACCAUAUCGGCAAGUGCUGAUACUGCUAAAUGCGGAGUCCAUCUGUCUAAAAUACUGCCGAAGGAUUCCAAAGUCGAGCACGACAUGGACGGUGAACUAUCGCUACUGGAGGAGAGUCUGGAAGAUGAAAUUUUUCCAGAUUAACCUCCAUCCACUAAUUUACUGCUUCGUGUAGAGCAAGACGGACCCGACAUCAUCCAGCUCCAGGAACCCCUACUGAAUAGUAACGGCAUCUCUCGAUUGUGGACGAGGUGCUAUAAGCUGCUGGUGACCAACCAUGCAGCAACGUACUGACGGCAGCUUUGGAGUGUGACGCCGGAGAUGCCUGAUUUCUGUGCACAUUCCGCAUUACGAUGAAGUGGAGCUCCCUUACGAACUUUUGAAAAAGACCUUGGCUGAAGCGUAACGAAGAGCAACCAGUGUUUUCAUCGGUUCCGACGCCACUCGCCGCAUUCAAUCUGGGGUAGCUAGAAUUCAAACAAUAGAAUUGAGACGCUUUUUGAUGUCAUUGUUAACGAAUGGGUGCACCGCAGCUUUCAGUCGUCGUGCAAAAUUACAUUGGAGAGCUCCUGUCCACAGAAAAUACCAAAGGGCAGAGGGAAACUCUCUCAGAUAUCAAAGGGUCAUGUAGGUGUUUAUUUCCGGUCCCUGUCUUUUCCACUCAAUAUGAACAUUUCGAGUUCAACCGAAUGCCAUUUGGACUAAAAAACCCGCCUGCCACAUUUCAAAAAAUUACUAACAAACUACUGAAAGAUUUUAUUAAUAAAAUAUUUGUGUCUAUUUAUACGAUACUAGCUGACCCCGCAGCCGUUGUCCUGCGUGAAAUUAUGUAUUUUGAAAUGAAAAGAAAGUUAAAUUUAUCAUUUCAUUUUUUUUUCAAUGUAACGCAGCUUUAGAAACAACAUUUUUCGGUUUCUGUUCCGGUAUACAGAAAAGAUGGUUUUCCAACUCGUGAGCAUGCUACGGCCUUGUGAAAAACAUAGCAUUUCCAAAAUUAUGCCUCACACUAUGCGACUAUCUUUAGGUCCUGUUGACUGUCAUCUCAAAUUCAAUUUUCACUGAAAACGGAAUACGUUUGACCUGAAAUGGCAAAUCGUUAGAACUCACAGGAUUUCGUAGGAUCGAGCAUUCUGUCCCUUUGUACUCGAUAGGUGCGUCACAAUCAGUCGGGUUCCAUUACACAGUUUCGGCGCAUGGGAUUGGGAAACAUAAUAACGACAGAUCCAACUUUGAGAUGCAAAUGAUGCGGUGGCAUACCAAGCCUGUCCAAAGAAUUUAGGAAUACCACUGGAUAAUUCACGGCGUCGUCUUCAUAGUCAAGACGAUCGAUCGAUUUAUUGAGCGCAAGUCUCCCGGAACUUGACUUUGAAUCUUCCAGUUGAAGUCAACAACAUCGGUAUUUUUGGCAGCUAACAUUGUGCGUGCACUUAAGGAAUCGUAGUUAUGAUAAUUUGGCCAAUGUCCGAACAUUUGUGAUGAGUUCAUCCUUUGUGAAUUGAUAAAGGGAAGAUGGAAUUGAUUUCCAAUUUUUAGCGAAGACAAUGUACAUAAAAUGUCUUUGACAAUGUUAAGGUUUAUAUCGAAAAGUAUGCGAACUUCAUUUUCAUUCCAGUGAUUAGCGUGUUCCAGCAUUUGUAAUUGCUGGCUUACUUCUCCAAAACUUGCACAUAUUCCCAUAUACCAUUCACAGUAAGCAAUGACUCAAAUAAAGUUGAACCGCGUACAUUAAUCAAUAGCAACCGAAGGUAGAAACAAUCGUCGUUUUUCGGGUGGAUUGUGUAAAUUCGUCCUAAUGCAUUAGUUGAUAAGACACCGGGAUGUCAAUCUACUGGUUGUCCUUGCUUUCUUCGUAACUAUUCGACGAUGCAUUCCAUGUAUGUACAAUAUCAAGGUAUUUUCAAAUAGAGCAAUUUUCUCCCAAACACAUCACUGACGAAAGUUAAGAAAAAACUCGUCAAUGUUAAUUUUGUUGCUGGUGAUGUUUCCACUGGCUAUACUGUAUUCUCUGGGGUGAAAUACACUCUUUGGCUAUUCUCCAAAUUCACUGCGAGACGCACAGCAGUCGGAAAACGUUCAUGAGUUGCAAAACUAAAUAUCCUACAAAGCGCUUUAUUGCAGUUCACGUAUCGACCGUAUCGUUCAAGACCAAUAAUCGCCAUGUUGCUUCCUUUGGUGACGUACUUGAAAACGUAUUUUAUCGAUUACACCAAACUGCAAUACUCAACAUUGACAUGACUUUUGAAUGUGAAUUAGACAACGGUGGCGAAUAUGGUACGAUCAAAGUGUUGUCAACUUCGAUACUUACGCCUCUAAAUUUAAUGCUAAAUGUUCUGCCAUUGUCGUCUGGUGAGCAACGCCGAUAGAGUGGAUAUCCAUCAUUUCUAGUUUGUGUUUCCGAAAGAAAAGUACGUGGAUACUGUUUCGUGCAUUUAUUGACAGACAUUCAAACCGAAGUGGGGUUGUGGUGUCCGCAAGGUCCAUGAACCUUAUUGGUUUUCAUCACUUCGUAUAAUACUGGAUCUUUCUUUGCAUCAGGAAUUUCCGCAUGAUUGAAUGAUUUCAUCAAUUUGAUAUGAUGUAACCACAUUCCACCAUCCAAAGAAGAAUGUGUGCGUGCGGCAAACCUCUCUUUUGCCACUCAACAGAUUCAUCUAGCAUCUAACAGCACCAUAUAUGCGUUGCUUCAAGAUAAUGUCCAUCGAAGCUGUUGAAAAGUCUUGCUAUGACAUCGUGACGAUCGCUUUCUGAUUGAUCGCGACCCAUAAUACCGCACGUAUAUCAUCGCAUUCUGGGAGUACUCGUUCGUGUGCCUUAUGUUGAUGCCAAAAAGAACGCCGACCGAUAUUAGCGCGACCUCUUCAUGGCAUCGUGACAAAUUUCAAUCUGUAAUUGAUCACUUUGUGUGAAAAACACAUAACAUUUUCACUGAAUAAUUUUCAAAAAUUUUUCAGGCAAACGCCAAAUUUGAAAGAUUUAAAUAAUUGAAAAACAAAACAAAAAAAUUGAAAAAAAUAUUUGUAUGGAAAAAAUUAACUUUUUGGAAUAAUCCAAUUUUCCGACUUUUCCUCACAAAAAGCAUACAGGUUUUUUUAUUUCUAAACCUUCCCCGAUCCAUAUGGAACAUUUUCUGAAAAUUUCACCAAAAUUGGCUCAGUCGUUCCCUUAGCAUUACUAAUAAACAAACAUUCAUUCGUUUGUAUGGGAAAAAGAAAAGAGCUGUUUUUAGGGGUUUUCCGGCAAUUAUUCGAAUUUUUUCCUCCGCAUAAACCAUCUCUGAUCCUCAACGUCCAUUUUAAAAAAAGAAUUAUCAAAUUUGGUUCAGCCGUAUUUAAGUGAUGAGCGUGCAGUAGUAUCUCGAUAGACCGGACACCCUUUAGUCCGGACACCUCUAUAAUCCGGACAUUGCUAUUAUCCGGACAGUUUUAUAUUUUUUACUCUUUAAUCCGGACGCUACAAAAAAUGCAGACUUUUGUUUCUCUUUUCGCUUUGCUAUUAUGAUUUUUACUUUGCGUUGUGAGUUUUUGCUGCAGCACUUCGAAGAAUAUCGGUACUUUAACGAAAAAAUGUGCGUAUAUACAUAUGUACUACAUACGUACUUAAUGUAUUGCCAAUUAUGGUGUAUUUAUUCCAAGAAUGAUAUUAUUCUCCACACGGCGGUGCACCGUUUGUUUAUUCAUAGUUCGUGAAGUGGCACAGUGACUGGACUUGCAUUCAAUUUCUUUGUUAUUAAAAUGAGCGGCAGACAAAUAAAUAAAAGAGCUCAUAAAACCCUAUCUAUUCAGAAAAAAUGUGAAAUAUUAGAUCGCCUUUAUAAAAGAAAAUCAAUUAGAUACGUUGCAGAACAAUUUCGGGUAACAAAAUCUACUGUAUUUGACAUAAAAAAGAAACGUGAUGCUAUCAGAAAGUAUGCGUCCAACUGUGUGCAGA